UUCUGGAGCUUCCGUGUGAUCGCGAUGUUGCCCUAUAUUAGCACCAGCUCUGCCGUGCCUCGCCUCAAAUGCGGAAUGGAUGGUGGCUCCGCUGUACGAGCCAUCAUUGUCCGCGUGUGCUCGAAUCUCGUUCACCAUUUGUGCACGGGAGUCGCUCCGCUUGAAAGACGGACUUCGCCGAGAGCGGACAACCGCACUUUCCCGAACACGUGUGCGACGGAAAUGCAGCCGCCGAACUUCAGCCACGAGGGUCAUCGAGGCGCCAAGUACUUCAACAACUACGACUGCUACGAGGAAAGGCAUAGCAAUAGCUUCAGCAGAACUGCAGGACUGUGGAACAGGCCGUACAGUGGUCGAUUCCCUGCGCCCUACCGUGGAUCGAGGACACCGUUCGAUUUCGGAGCUGGGGGUGCGGCGCGCCCUUUCGCGGCAGUGGCCCGUCAUCGUUCCGAGCACCAUUUCGAGGCAGGCCUCCUCACCGUGUGCUCCUCGUGGUCGUCCACCGUACUCCUUCAGACCUCAGCUUUUACCGACUCCAUCGCCGCGGAACUUCGGGCGUGCAGGCUAUUGGGGAAGCCGUGGCGGAUUCAAUUCGUCUCAAUGCUACCAAGGCCAGAUUGACCGCUCGAACGGCGCCAGGUAGACCGCGGUGC